GUUUUUUUUUGCUAUUGUUACAACAUUCAGACUUUACGUACUGAAGUCAAGUGAACACACUGAAGUCGGAAAAACGACGUCCCUACCCGGAAACUCGGAGCACCGGGCAGCACGUGAAUGCAGCACAAGGCAGUGAGGUAGGCUGGGAGAGUCCCUGUCCCCGCCGAGUUAAACGAUUUCAAAUCAUGGGCCUGAAAGUAGCUGUGAGUUGCACAGUGUUGUAUACUCUGCUGGAUGUGUGUGUCACCACUGUCCUGUACACACAUGGCUCACACCUGAGCGUAUUCAAAGAAGAUGCACAGAACUUUAACAUCUUUCGGUCAACACUGGACCUUUGGGGGACUGCACUGAUGAGAUCCUCCAUUCUGUUAGGAGCCUCUUUGGGGGUCUCAUUGAAUAGAAGAGACGGCCCAUUGAGGGUAGCCAAACUCACCACCCUGGUUCUCUUCAUCUGCCUCGUCGUCAUCACUUAUACGUUGGCCAAGCUGCUGAUGCUGAACGAGCUGGGUCCUCUGGAGCAUCAGCCCUGGUUCCUGAGCCUCGUUUGUUGGACGUGUGCCUCCUGUCUGGGCGUCAUGCUGCUGUGGAGGCUGCUGGGGGUGGAGUCAAACUCAGCAAGCCAUCACAACAUGUGCAACAAGGGAGGUGAAGGAGGCUCUGAGGACACAGAGAAGCUUGUGGAGGCAGAUGGUGAGGAGGAGGAGAAGGAGAAGAUCAGCACUGAGGCAACAUUAGGACGUCUGCUGGCAUACUGCAGGAAGGACGGUGGUCUGCUGUCUGUAGCUGUCCUCUUUCUCCUCAUCUCUGCUGUGUGUGAAGCCUUCAUACCAUACUACUACGGGAAAGCAAUCGACAGCAUCGUGGUGGACAAGAGCAUGCAGCACUUUGCUAAACCUGUGAUCACAGUGUCUAUACUGGCUCUGGCCAGCUCACUUGCGAUGGGAGUACGUGGAGGAGUCUUCACCCUGACCUUUGCUAGAUUAAACCUUCGACUGAGGAACCAUCUCUUUACCACUUUGAUGAGGCAGGAAAUCGCCUUCUUUGAUGAAAACCAUACAGGUGACAUCAUUUCUCGUCUGUCGGCUGACACCACCCAGGUGAGUGACCUCAUCUCAGUAAAUGUCAACAUCUUUCUGAGGAGCACCAUCAAGGGUGCCGGCUUCUUCAUCUUCAUGUUUGGGAUGUCCUGGAAGCUCACACUGGUGACCAUCAUGGGAUUCCCCUUCAUCGCUCUCAUCUCCAAACUGUAUGGAAAAUACUACAAGAAAUUGACCAAAGAGGUGCAGACAACCCUCGCAGAAGCCAACAAGGUGGCAGAAGAAACCAUUUCCUCCAUGAGGACGGUAAGAAGCUUUGCCAACGAGAGCGAGGAGGCCAACAACUACUACAGCAAGCUGUUGGUAAUGUUCCAACUCAACAAGAAACAAGCCCUGGCCUACUCCUGCUACAUGUGGUCCAGCUGUAUCUCAGAGCUGGCCUUAGAGGUUGCUGUUCUCUAUUAUGGCGGUCACCUUGUAGUAACGGGUCAGAUGAGUAGUGGUGCCUUGAUAUCAUUCUUCAUAUAUAUGCUGGAGUUGGGAGAAUGUCUUGAGAGUAUUGCAUCUGUUUACACGGGACUGAUGCAAGGAGUGGGAGCAGCUGAGAAGGUUUUUGAAUACCUGGAUAGAACACCUAAACACCCAGCUGAUGGCACAGAGGCUCCAGACACAUACACGGGUCUGGUGGAGUUCAAAAACAUCACAUUUGCCUACCCAACACGCCCGGAAACGGAAAUUCUCAAGGAAGUGUCAUUUACUCUGCGGCCAGGCGAGGUCACGGCCCUUGUGGGACCUUCUGGCAGUGGAAAAAGUUCCUGUGUAAGUCUCCUGGAAAACUUCUACCCUCCUCAGGAAGGCCAAGUGCUGCUGGAUGGAGAGCCUGUUCACAUUUUACAGCAUGACUAUCUCCACUCCAAGGUAGCUCUCGUGAGCCAGGAGCCUGUGCUGUUUGCCCGGACAGUGAAGGAGAACAUCACCUAUGGCCUGACUGACAUCCCCAUGGAGGCUGUAGUGGAGGCUGCUAUCAAAGCUAAUGCUCAUGAGUUCAUCACCUCCUUCCCUAAGGGCUAUGAGACACUUGUUGGUGAGAAAGGAACCCACUUGUCUGGAGGGCAGAAGCAAAGGGUGGCCAUUGCAAGAGCUCUCAUCCGUAAUCCUCGUGUCCUCAUACUUGACGAGGCGACCAGUGCUCUGGAUGCAGAAAGUGAGCACUCUGUUCAGCAGGCUCUGAAUGCAGUCAUGAAGGAGUGCACGAUGCUGGUGAUUGCUCAUCGGCUCAGCACGGUGGAGAAGGCAGACAACAUCAUUGUGAUCGACAAGGGCCGUGUGGCUGAGCAGGGCUGUCACAGUCAGCUGAUGGAGAAUGGGGAACUGUAUUAUAAGUUGGUGCAGAGGCAGGUGUUGGGCAUGGAGACAGGUUUGGAGGUCGUCAAUGCUCCAAAGAAACAAAGCUGGAAGUCAGACGGUGGAGGGCAGAAGAGAAGACAAAGCAGCAGCAGUGAGUCAGAGUGCACUUUACGCUACUGACAAUGAAAGACAGGUUAUCACACACAGACAGACACACACGUGUGUUUAAAUACCUCAUUGUGCUCCAAAAAGAAUGAAUUACUCUUUUACUUUAUUGUUUCCAUAGGAUAAGUUUCUGCUUUAUAUUGAAUGAACUAGGUUUGACAAUGCUUUGUGUAGUUUGCUUUUCAACCAUAUAACUUGAAACUGGUAGUAAAGGGAAGGGGAGGGAACAUAUGUGCCUUUAUAUGUUAAACUCAGUGCACUUUAGAAAGCUAAUGUUGUGUGGGGUGAAGACAAAUCAAAGCAGUACAAAUAGAUAACUCAUGUCAGUUUUAAAAUCACUAGAAAUUACAAACACUAAAUAAUGAUAAUCCAUAUUAGCCUUUAGCUUCAAGCUAAAUGCUGCAUUUUUCUUUUACUUCUAAUGUGAUGAUCUGAUUUACUUGUAAGCAUGGAUCGUGACACAUUUUGUGUUUUGAAGCUUUAAAUAUGAUGAGCUUUCUUCUCUGUUGUGUUUUUAGAAUAUGAUUUGGCAGUAGCCUGUUUCCUGCAUGUGACAGAUAUGUGUGAACUCUGCGUGUGUGCUUGGUUUGGAGGAGUUUUGUCCAUUCAACCAACUCUCCUCAGAGAUGUUUAAUUUUAGAGAAAUCAGCAGUACAAAAGCAUGAUCUGUUAAGGAGAGGUUGAUUGGAUCCUGAGCCUGAAAGCAAAGCUCUGGAUUUACCGCUCGAUCUCCGUUCCAACCCCUCACCUGAGGUCAUGAGCUUUGAGUAGAGACUGAAAGAAUAAGAUCGAGGAUACAAGCGGCUGAAGUGAGUUACCUCUGGAGGGCGUCUCAGCUUUAGAGAGAGGGGGAGGAGCUUAGACAUUCAGGGGGAGCUCGGAGUAGAGCCGUUGCUCCUUUGCAAGGAUCCAGGUGAGGUGGUUCAACAUCUGAUCAGGAUCCUCCUGGACCCCUCCCUUUAGAGGUUUUCCAGGCCCACCCAACUGGGAGGAGACCCCGGGGUGGACCCAGAGUUCACUGGAGGGAUUAUAUAGCCCGUCUAGCCUGGGAACGCCUCAGUUUACCCCAGGAGGAUCUGGAAAAAGUUUCUGGGGAGAGGGUGGAAGUCUGGGUGGACUUACUGCUCCUGCUGCCACUACGACCCGACCUCAGAUACGAGGAAGAUGAUGGAUGGAUGAUUGGAUCCUGUUGUGUUGUUCCUGUGCUUACCUCAACAAAGAAGUUAAAACCCCAAAA